AUGUCAGUGCAGAUUUUAGGAGACCAGGCUACAGAAGAACGAGCAGAAAAUGCUCGUAUGUCGGCAUUCGUUGGUGCCAUAGCCGUGGGUGAUUUGGUCAAAUCAACUCUUGGGCCUAAAGGUAUGGAUAAGUUGUUGCAAAGCGCAUCAAAUAUUGACAGUGCAAUGAUAACAAAUGAUGGAGCAACAAUUCUCAAAGCCAUUCCAUUGGAUAACCCUGCAGCAAAAGUAUUGGUGAAUCUUGCGAAGGUGCAAGACGAUGAAAUAGGUGAUGGAACUACAUCUGUCACCGUCUUGAGUGCUGAACUUCUCAAAGAAGCAGAAAAGUUAAUUGAAAAGAAAAUUCACCCUCAAACGAUUAUAGAGGGAUUCAGAAUUGCUAGGGACACUGCUAUCCUGGCCUUGGAAAAAAGUUCUGUUGAUAACGCUUCCAAUCCUGAAGAAUUUAGAAAAGACUUAUUCCAUAUUGCCAAGACUACGUUGUCUUCCAAAAUUUUGUCUCAAAAUAAGGAACACUUUGCCAAAUUAGCUGUAGAUGCUAUUUUAAGACUCAAAGGUUCAACAGAUUUGAACCACAUUCAAAUAAUUAAAAAAGCUGGUGGCAGCUUGUCUGACUCGUUUUUGGAUGAAGGUUUUAUAUUAGAAAGGAAAUUCGGCAUUAAUCAACCUAGGAAGAUAACUAAGGCGAAAAUUUUAGUUGCUAAUACGUCGAUGGAUACUGAUAAGGUUAAGAUUUUUGGUGCUAAGUUCAAAGUGGAUUCGACUUCAAAGCUUGCAGAGUUGGAAAGAGCAGAAAAAACAAAAAUGAGAGAAAAAGUUGAUAAAAUCAAAAAAUUUGGCAUCAAUCUUUUUAUUAACAGACAAUUGAUAUAUGACUAUCCUGAGCAACUUUUUACGGAUGCUAAGGUUAACUCAAUUGAGCACGCCGACUUCGACGGUAUUGAAAGAUUGGCUCUAGUUACUGGCGGUGAAGUUGUAUCUACGUUUGAUAACCCCGAAAAGGUCAAAUUAGGAUACUGUGAUGCAGUUGAAGAAAUUAUGAUUGGUGAAGAUGUGAUGACUAAAUUUUCUGGAGUUGCUAAAGGGGAAGCUUGUACAAUUGUUAUAAGGGGUGCAGCCGAGCAUGUAUUGGAUGAAGCUGAAAGAUCAUUACACGAUGCCUUAUCAGUCUUAUCCCAAACUACAAGGGUCACAAAGACCUGCUUGGGAGGUGGAUGCUCAGAAAUGGUUAUGUCCAAGGCAGUCGAUCAAGUCGCUGCAAAUGAAACCGGCAAGAAGUCUUUGGCAAUUGAGGCUUUUGCAAGAGCUUUAAGACAACUUCCAACAAUUUUAGCUGAUAACGCCGGAUAUGAUUCAUCUUCAUUAGUUACAAAGUUGAGAUCCGCAAUCUACAAUGGUAUGACGACUUCAGGCUUGGACUUGAAUAAUGGAACAGUAGCAGAUAUGAGAGACUUAGGUGUAGUAGAAUCGUUCAAAUUAAAGAGAGCCGUUGUUUCAUCCGCUGCUGAAGCUUCAGAAGUAUUGUUGAGAGUCGACAACAUUAUCAGGGCCAAACCAAGGACUGCUGAUAGAAAUGCCCAUCCACAUUAG